AUGGACGACGAGGGUGAUCUGAGGUACGCCGUGCACGUGUGCAAGAGUCGUGACCUGGAGACGAUUCUCAAUCUGAAAAGACAGGUGCAGGAUCUGCACGAAGACGAAGCUGAUCUGAAGCACGAGCUUCGCGCCACUCAGAGACAGGUGCGUGGCAAGCAGAAGGAGAUCGAUUCGCUCAAACGACGAUUGGCCGCCAAGGAACACGAAUCGGCUCGAGAGAAGGCGUGGCUCACCAUCGUAACGCGAUUCCGCAACGCCUGGCAGGAUCGACACCUGAGGGAAACGGCGCAGUACCAUGCGCUGUUCACCGAAUUGAAGCAGAAGUGGAAGCAGACCGACCAACUGGAGGAUCUGAUGAAGCAGAUCGACACGGAGGUGUUUGAAGUGACAUACCGCACGGAAUUCCAGGACCCGUUGUUCCCGAAGGAUGGAGUCGGGGUCGUAUCGGGCGUGUACGAGUUUGACGAGCUUAAAUCCGAGCGCGACGCCAGGGUGGAUCUGAUCAUGGAGGCGGAAGGCGCGUCGGAGCAAGAAGGGUCUGCAGAUGAGUCUGCGGAUCAGCUCCUUUUCGCAAGAACUCUCACCGACAUAAAAGCUUCGACUCCGCUGAGUCGAAUCGGUGCAACUUCUUCCUACUCGACUCUCAUCAGCUCGAAACAUCAAGUGGUUCUCUCUGGACGACGACCUCGUCUUCUAUCACCUAUCGUACCAUCACCACCUCACGAGCACGUUUUUCGCAUACACACCAUGAGCGACCCCUGGGACUGCCUCUACCGCGGAAUGCUCCCCUUCCACCAACACUUCCGUCACGCCACCGCGCAAAUCUCCACCCUUCUCCUCCAACUUUCCCCCACUUCACCCCCGAAACCGAAACUUCAAAUCCUCACCAACCUUCUCUACCUCUGCUCGUCCCUCUGCUCCUCCCUCGAGACACACCACGCCAUCGAGGAACGCUUCAUCUUCCCAACCCUCGCCAAGAAACUCCCGCAAUUCGCGCACUCCUCUCAACACACCAAGGAACACGCCCAGAUGCACUCCGCUCUCGAAAACCUCGAACACUACAUCGCUCAAGUCAGCAAGGAUCUCAGAUCCGGAAAGAUCAAAAAGGCGGAAGAGCUGGAUCAGGUGUUCGACUAUGCCAAGAUGACAAAGUUGGUCGAGGAGUUGAAGUCGGUGCUGCUGCCACAUUUGGAGGCGGAAGAGGCGAGUUUGCGCGCACCGGUGGUGAAGGCCGCUGGAUUCGAGUUGGGCGAGAUCAAGAACUUGAUUCGUUGA